AUGGAUUAUGAAAUUCCUAAAUCUUUAAAACGGAUACCACUUUCAUCUUAUCGGAUCAGAUCCAAAUGGCGAGUUAGUCAUUGCAGUACCUGUAUCGGGAUUGUAGUAGGAAUCUUAGCUGGCUUUGUUUUCGGGAAGUACAUGCAGGAAAUGCAUGAAACGAAACAUUGGUUCUCUCAUAUUAGUCAAGUGGAGCGGGAGAUAUCAUUAAGAACUGAGACUGGUCUUUAUUACUCGUUUUAUAAAAUUGCAGUUGAUCCACAAAUGACAAUUAGUAAAAUAAUCUAUGCAUUUCUUCACGAUAACAGCACUGAAUAUCCCCGAGAAAUCAAUGUGUUUAAACGAUUCAACAUUUACCAAGAAGUGUUCCUUGCUUUUUUAUACAGAUUUUUUGCAUCGUUUCAAUGGCUAAAGGACAACUAUUUACCGGAACCGAUUCUGUUUUAUGUUUAUUCAUGUUUUACUGUUGUUGGAUUUGGUGUUACAAAUCUCUUCUUUCUUACUUGGUCUUUGACUGGAAAUUGGCUCUACGGAUUGCUCGUUUCCACAUGGAUGCUUGUUAACUACGAUGAUAACACUCGAGCUUAUUUUGCUGUCAAUUUGCGUGAAAAUUUUGCGUUGCCAUUUUUUUGGCUACAGAAUGUCUGUGCUGUUGUUAUAAUGCAACGUCCCCAUGCUGCUUGCAAAAAAUAUUACUUCGUAUAUAUCCUUUCCACUUUUUCAUUUGCUUUGUUCUGGCAGUUCAGUCAGUUCAUCUUAGUGCUGCAAUCGAUAUCCAUGGUCGGGAUGUGUUUGAUCAUUCCUCAAUUAUCGUUUACUGUUGUUUCAUUGCUUUUACUGCAGUCACUUGCGUUUUUUCUGGUGAUUUUAGCACAGUUUGGGCAACCUAUGGCUGUUGCUUCGAUUUGCACAACUUUUAAUUUAAGUGCAGUAAUAAUCAUUUAUUGGACAAACAGAACAAAAAGGAAUCGGUUUGGUGCAAUGGUGUUCAAAUCAAUAUAUAUUACUAUUUUAACAUUACUGCUCAGCACGUUCACUCGCUACUUUCUGGGUGCUCAAUCUGACAGCCAUAUAUGGACUUUUAUGAAAGUAAAAGUCGGCUUAAUUUCUCGAUCAUCAGUACCUUUUGAAACUGCCUUGUAUGUGUGUCAUGGAGCUUUUGCUUAUCUCGAUACUGAUUUCUUUCGACGAACGUCGCUAAAUGGUUGCUUUCCUUCAUUUGUAGCUGCAGUAUUGAUAAUUGCCGUGUUGACAGUAUAUUCAUUGGUUGUACAGUGUUAUGAGAGACGAUUUUCAAUAACUACAUUUCGCUCGUAUUUCGGGCCAGAAACUGUUUUUGUCGUCAAUCAGUCAGUGCUUUGCGGAGUCAUUGCGGUAUUCACUCUCCGUAUGAAGUAUCUUUGGUUCCCACUAAUUGCUCUAGUUGCAUCUUUAUUUCCUAUGAUGAUUUCAAAAAAGUUUGGGCGAUUAGCUGUUCAAGGGGCUGUAGUAGCUGCAGUUGCGAGUCUGCUCUAUACUCAUUAUGAUGUAUAUACGGAACAGAUGGCGGAUGAACAGGUAUUCUAUGAUCCAAACACUGUCCAAUUAAUGGAAUGGAUUAAACAUUCAACAGAACCUCAUACUUCGUGGGCAGGCAGUAUGCAGUUAAUGGCUGGAGUAAAAGCUUGUACUGGACGGUAUUUGGCAAUCCAUCCACAAUUUGAAGAUAAAUGGCUGCGUGAUCGAACAUUACAGCUUUAUCAGAUGUAUGGUCGAAAAAAUCCCGGGGAAAUAUAUGAAAUUUUGAAAGCAAAUAAGGUAGAUUAUAUCAUACUUGAAGACAGCAUAUGUUUGGCACCAUCAACUGGAUGCUCAACAAAUGAUUUGGUGGAUAUUGCUAAUGGUGAUACACCAGAUUAUGUGAAAGAUGAAGAAACAGUGGGACUCCAACAACCUGUUAGUUCGCGGUUCUGUGAUCAAAUACGAAAUAUUACUGAAGAAACAAAACCAUAUUUUGAUUUGGUAUUCAAGAAUCCAACUUUCCGCGUUUACCAUGUUCUAAAUAGCCAAUAA